CGCCGUAGCUCGGAACCGCUCAGUCGUUCGCUUCGCUCGAUACGUGUAGUGUUCGGUACUGUCUUCGGUCGCGUUCUUCCGCGGUGUGAAGCAUGAAGGGUGGAGUGCCUUGUAGUAACGGGCGGUGGUGGGGGUGUGCGGUGAUCGUCACCCUCCUGGUGCUGCCGUCCUGCCUUGCCAGACCCAGUCCCGACUCAGAUUCUGAGUCGUGGCGUCCAGUGGUCUCUGGACAUAGAGCCAACAGGCCACUUUUUUGGGGAAACGAAGGAGAGAGAGAAAGCAAGAGUCAGGAACAAGUGAAGGCUGAGCCGUCGCCCACAGUUGCGAGUGUCGCUAGAGCCCAGCCCACCAACCCGACACCUAUCGGAGAGAGUCUCAAGAUGGUCACCAAACAGUUGCUGCAGUCUCCCGAGGCGACAGACAUGGUUGCAACUGACAUCAGAACACCACCAAAAAUUAAAACCCAACAUCUCAACACUGACGAGUUUGUACCUGUAGGCAAAGGUGAAGCAAUUCCUCUUGAUGCUGACAACAUUCAUUCAUACCAGGUAGUGACAAAUACACAGUAUGUAAAGCCUGCUACUGCCGAGUCAACUCCUGCAAGUGGGAUUUCAACAUGGAUUCUACUGAAUGGCAGCGAACAAUCGACUCAGGCAUCACAGAAGAAACAGCCGACAAAACCACUUGCAGUGGCCUCUACUCAGGCUCCUCCAAAGAAGAAGGUUUCCAAGCCAAUUCAGGAAGCCCUAAAAACAGCACCUGAAAAUGUAAAAAAUUCCACAUUUAUUAAAUCAGAAAGCAAGAACGCAGCUACGAUCACAAAAGUUGAAAACCCUAAGAAAACUCAACAAUCAGUAAAUCAAGAACCUCUUGUUAAAAUACCUGCACUGAUGCUGCAAGAUGCAAAAUUCAAAAACAAAACUCCUAUAGUGGUUGGCAGAGUUCCUUCUGCAGCAACAGUAAAGAAUAAGCCAGAAAAUAUUGUUUCGGUUAAAAAAAGUAAUGCUACAAACACUCCAAUCACAACAGGUAAGAUUGAAGCCCUCGCACCUCAGUCAGUUAGAAGAAAGGUUUCUGCAGCUCCAAGUCCAGCCACCACUCCCUCUUCUACAACACUACCAUCUAAGCCAGUCUACCAGUAUGAGUUGGUUCCGACUACCUCAGUCAUUGUUCACACAGACAUUGUGAAUGCAGAGACAACAGAGGAAGUUGGAACAACGGAAACUCCCACAACUACUACUAAGAGAACUCGCAAACCAGGCACAAAGAAGAGGAAGAAGAACAAGAACCGUCGUCGCCGCCCUUCCAAGAAACCAGAUGGUGUUGUUGAAAGCAAAAUCACAGAAGAGAACAAUUCUACUAGGAUUGCGCCGAGUGGAUCUAGACCUCUGUCUACGAGAAUUUACAACUACUUAUCCAGGGAGAUCAUGCCCACUGUAGGAGUUGGAAUUGUAGGUCUAGUUCUCACAGCAGGACUAGCUGGACUACUCUUGUAUCCAUUUGGAGGUGGAGUGGCAGCACGGAGAACUUACGAAAAAUCACCUACUCCAUCUCCAGAUGGUCAUAUGUACUAUUAUAACGAGUACAAUUCCAAUGGCGAGGUAGAUAAUGGUCAGCCUGAAGAAACAGUGUUUGGGCAAGUGCUCGCAGGAAUGCAGCAAACAGAAAAUAAAUACAACAAAUACUCAAGACCUCAAUCACCAGUUUCAGCAGCAGCAGCUUCCUCACCAACACGGUAUUCCACUCAGAGUAAAUACAGGUAUGAUCCUUCUCACGAGUAUGGUUACCAAACGGGAUACCAGAAAGACAAGUAUUCAGCACUGAGUGAUGUGUCAACUACGCUAGGAAGAAACCCGGAAGGCUACUCCACUUUACCAGACUCUGCCAGUUUAAAUACAAAGUAUAGUCCUUCAUAUAGCCUCAGUGGUGCCCAGUACACUGGUCCGAGUGGUAGCUCUGUGAUUACUCAGUAUGGAGAUCCCAAAUACACCUCUUCUGUCAGUGCUUCUAUAGGCACAGGGUACGAUGACCAGAAGUACACGUCUUCUGUGGACACAACCAGUGGUGUUCAAUACAACUCAAAAUAUUCGUCCUCAAUCGAUUCGAAUGGCAACUCGGAUUCUAACAAUGUCAAAUAUUCAACUCUGACAGGCCUGAGUGUUGAGCCCCAAAAUAGCAAAUAUUCCUCUGUUAGUGAUGAUCAGUCAACCAAGUAUUCUCAGAGUAGUAAGUACUCAUCAUUGAUAGAAGAUCAAGAGAGUAAAUAUCACCAAAACCCUAAAUACACUUCCAUGACUGACAGCCAAAACACAAAAUACACGUCUAUGACAGACAAUCAGAACAGCAAAUAUCCUUCAGUAAGUGAAGACAAAUCUAGUAAAUAUCCCACACCAGCUGAGUACACAGCUUACAGCAAUCCUUCUGAGAUCGGAACUCAAUCAGGGAGCUACACCAGUAGCAACCAUAAGCAAACAGGCUAUGCUGACAUUGAGUACGAUGAAACCAAGAGUCUACCAUCAUUGACAGAGGAGGACAAGUCCGAUAAAAGUCAGCCAACUUUCAGUGCUCUGCAUGCAAGUGAUGACUCGUAUUCAAAUGUUGAUUCAAUGUCUAUGUUUUCUGGGAGUUAUAACAACGAGGUUAGGCAUCGUCAAGGGGUGCUGGCAGUUGAACACGGCCCGAGGAACAUCAAACUUGACCGUCAAAAGAGACAAAUCGAUCUAAAUCAAAACGAAGUUGAUGGGUCACUUCCUGAUGAGCAAACGACAACUGAAAGAGGCGAUUCAACGACUACAGAUGUGCCAACGACAGAAAAAUCAACAGAUGAUGAAAAGGACAAUUCUUCACCUUCUCAUGAAAACACAGUUGAAAGUACAACAUGGAGUAUGCCCAAAGAACCAGAAUUGACAACAGUUGCACCUUCCCGAGAUCAUGGUUUCUUCGGCUUUCUGAGAAGACUUGCACAGAUGAAACUAAGAAUGGGUCUUGAACUCUUGAGAUCUACGACUCAUGCAGUAGCUAGAUACUUGGAUACCGUGCAGAAGAGAAUGGAAAAUGUUGUACGAGACAUGGACAAGAAAACUUCAAGGCAAAGGAGAGAAAUUUUCAAAAAGGCAAUGUAAUGAAUCUAAAACUACAGACGAAGAGCUCAAUACUUUAGGGCAUUAAGUUAUUUCAACUGAAUCAUAAGCUCUUUUGUUAUUCGUUUAAACUCUCCUGAAUUUCUAUCUGUCUCCAGCCAUUGAAUUUAUUAUUUUGUCAUAUUCAGAGUUUGCUUGUUUUAAUAACACAUCUGAAAAGAUUAUUUUUGAUAAAUUUAAUUAUGUGAAUUGUUAAGCUCAUCUGAAAGUAAACUAUUUCAGUUGGUGAAGGGAUAGGGGAAAUAAUCGGCAUUUUGUGAAUUAAUUUUGUGUACAGUACAAGUAACUGAUAUUUUAUUUCACAUGAAAAAACUAUUAUAAAUUUUACUAAAUAUUUUAAAAUAUGGUAUCAAUUAAUUGAUCAAUAUAUUAUAUAAAUCAAUGGAGAAUCUGAUAGAUGGAUCGACUAUUUAGGACAUGGUUAUAUGAAACCCCAAUUUUACACUCAAAUUGUUAUUAGAUGUGUAAACAGGACGAACUCCUCAUCACUAAUUAUUCAUGAAGCUUUUUUUCUUACUUAUAACAAUAGAGGAUAUCUUGCUGAUUACAAAUCUAUUGACAUUCAUACGAUAGUUAAAGCAAUAACAAUUUAAUAUUAUAGGAAACAGCGAAUGUGUUUGUUUUCAAUAUUGUGAUAGUCAGUGAGUGAUUGUGUAUUUCAUUAUUCUUUGAUCAUUGUGAGGCAAUGUUUUACUAGCUUUUUUGUUGUAUUUUUUUAUCUUGCCUCUCUAUCAAUACUUAAAAUCUUAGCUAGACUAUUAGUUAUGACACAGACUAAUAUGUGUAAUAGUAUUAGUUAUUUAUUUAUGUUGAAUAUUGUACAUAUUUUUAUACUUGUGAAUAAAUAUUGUGUAUAAAAACUGA